AACGCUCUGAUUGAGUCUGUUAACCUUGACGUAACGAUGUCUUGUGUUAUAAAGAAGCUCCUUGCGUGAAUUAGCCAGGGCUCGGGUGUCAUUCACAUGAUCCCCGGCCUACUACGGAUCAGGUUCCUCCACUGUGGGGGACAAGCAAGGCCUCUUUACGGCCUGCUGCUGUUACCUAGCUACUCUCAUCACUUAUUCAGAGCCCCCAGCGAGCUGCCCUAGGUGUUCUACUAGGUGCUCCCGACAGCAGCAGGGACAGUUUCUCUGCGCCCCGGCCAGAGAAGCACACAACCCAGGCUCCAGUACGAAGACGACUACGGUCAAGAACGGAGCCCAUGGAGAACGGCGAGUCCAAGAGCCCCCAGACCGAGGAAGAGCCUGUGGCGAUUGCAGCGGCGGCGGCGGCAGUGGCGGCGUCAGCGGCUCCGGAGACAGGGGCCCCAAAUGACGAACCGAAGGCCCAAAGCCAGACGACCGGCCCUAACCCGGAGGGCUCGGAACCCACGGCACCCCCGCUGCCCCCUCCGUCGCCACCUCUGGCGGGCCCAGCGGAGUAUCCCAGGCCCAGGCUCGUGUUCCACACCCAGCUGGCCCACGGGAGCCCCACGGGACGCAUCAGCGGCUUCACCAACGUCAAGGAGCUGUACGCCAAAAUCGCAGAGGUGUUCAACAUCUCCGCCUCUGAGAUCUUGUUCUGCACCUUGAACUCACACAAGGUGGACAUGCAGAAGCUGCUGGGGGGGCAGAUCGGCCUGGAGGACUUCAUCUUCGCCCACGUCCGGGGGGAGACCAAGGAGGUGGAGGUGACCAAGACGGAAGACGCCCUGGGCCUCACCAUCACGGACAACGGAGCCGGCUACGCCUUCAUCAAGAGGAUAAAGGAAGGCAGCACCAUAGACCAGCUGAAGACGGUCUGCGUCGGGGACCACAUCGAAGCCAUCAACGACCAGAGCAUCGUGGGCUGUCGGCACUACGAGGUGGCCAAGAUGCUGAAGGAGCAGCCGCGUGGGGUGCCGUUCACCCUGCGGCUGGUGGAACCCAAGAAGGCCUUCGAUAUGAUCGGAAUGAGGACCAGGGCACCAAAGUCCAGCGAGGGGAAGAUGGUGAACGGAAAAGAGACACUGCGUCUCCGCUCCAAAGGGUCCGCUACCGUCCAGGAAACGCCCGAUGAGUUUGAGGAACAGGCCACCAAGAAGGUGGAUGACCUGCUAGAGAGCUACAUGGGCAUCAGGGAUCUGGAACUGGCGACCACAAUCGUGGAGGCGGGGAAGGACAAGAAAAACCCUGACGACUUCGCCGAGGCCCUGGACUCGGUCCUGGGGGACUUUGCCUUCCCAGAUGUCUUCCUAUUUGACGUGUGGGGCGCCAUCGGGGACGUCAAGAACGGCCGGAUAUAGAGUCAGACGUCUAGGUCCUUUGCUGGAACUUGACAGAAGUCAGAGUAAACCACCCAAAAGAGGCAAUCACUAGCCGUUUCCGCGGCUAAGCAAGAAAAGAGGUUGCAGAAGGUCUGGCCUUAACACAUUCCGACCAUUCCAUCAACUUUAAAAGUCUCUGUUGACGGCAGCCAAGACUCAAACAAAUAACUGGGCCCCCGGAGAAGAACAGAUGGUUUUUUGGACGAGGAAAGUAUCACCACACACACGCAACCUAUCGCUUUCCUGCUAUUGUGUGCUGUAAUAGUGGGGCAAUACUCUAGACGGGGUGACGUCUAGAUACAGUUAAUCCCAGCCACACCACUCCUCCACCAGCCGAAAACGAGGGUUUAGGGGGGGAAAACAACAUGCUAACUUUUAUGCUAACUUUACAUUGGAUAGCUUAAGGUUGACCUUGGCGAAUGAGAUGUAAUGUGUUGGUCAAUCUCCAUCGAUUCUCUCCACUGAGUUAUAACGGUCUUCAUCUUCAAGUGGGGGGCUUUUAAUAUUAAAAAGUUAGUAAGUUAAGUAUUGAUUCUUGACAGGGGCUCUUUUGGUGCGUUUAGAGCCGCUACUGUGUUUCAUGACAUUAAUGUAAAUAGGUGUUGACCUGAUGUAUAAAUAUUAAUACAGAUGAAAACAUUACAACGUAACAACUUAAUAGUGUUCUUAACAGGCACACUGUGUGCCGUUUUCUUUUCCUCACUUUUUGUAAUAAGAAUACAACCCCAGAAAGACUUGUUUUCCAACAGCGUAAACAUUCCACUUGUUUUUCAUGUAUAACUUGUAAUUGUUAGUAAAACAUUGCAUAUCCUGA